AUGGACAGCAAUAAAGAUGAUGACGGACUAUUGAACAGGAUUGCAUUUCCAGGAUCUAUGUCCCUGGCUAACAGCCAUGUGCAUCCCCAUGGGGUCCCCCUGAGAGAGCCCUUUGGGGUUCCCUUCCAUCUGGACCCGUCUUACUGGGAGCAAGCCUAUGGCGGGCACACGGGUCGCAUCUCCUACAUCCCAUUCCCUGGCUACGUGGGCGUCUAUGACUAUUCCUUUGAGCCUGCCUUCAUUCGAAAGAGGAACGAGAGGGAAAGGCAGCGGGUGCGCUGCGUGAACGAGGGCUACACACGCCUGAGAGAGCACCUGCCCAAGGAAUUUGCUGACAAGCGCCUCAGCAAAGUGGAGACCCUGAGAGCUGCAAUAAGCUACAUCAAACACCUGCAGAGCUUGCUGGACUGCCAUCCCUUAGGGUCUAACAGUAAGGAAACACUCUCUGCCAAGGAGCUCCCGGAAGCUCCCAGUCCUGGUCCCCCGCGGGAGUGCAACAGUGAUGGAGAGUCUAAAACCUCUUCAGCUUCAUCCCCCUACAGUGAAUUUGAGGAGACGGGCAGCUAG